CUAAUUUUAGAGGAAAUCAUACAUAACCUGACUAAAAUAAAAUUGAAGGAGUCAGCCUUUCUGCCCAAAAACUGGAAAAUGCUAUACUUCUUUUAGGGAUAUUUAACUUAAUUGUGAACCCGUGCAAGAAGCAUGUGGUAAAUUUUUUGGUAAAUUUUUAUCUCAUUUUUUAAACCACACUUUGAUCAAAUUUUGACAAAAUUUUGAAAACAUUUGGACCACGUUGCAAAAAGCACGUGGUAAAUUUUCAGUAAAUUUUUACCAAACAUUUUAAUUAAAAUUUGGCAACAUUUGGGCCACCUUGUAAAAAGCACGUGGUCAAUUUUUGGCAAAUUGGUACCUCAUUUUUCUUAUCACACUUUGACCAAAUUUUGACCAAAUUUUGACCACCUUAUAUAAAGCUCGAGGUCAAUUUUCGGUAAAUUUUUACCGCACAUCUUGAUCAAAUUUUUACCAAAUUUUUACAACAAUUUUGCCCCAUUCUUUACCAGUUUCUCCCACAUUUCUACCAAUUCCUUCCCCCAUUUUUCCCAACCUCUCCCCACAUUUCCCCCAACUUUGACCUUUGACCUCAUCCCACAUCCAUCCUGCACGUCUCCCCUCUCACCGAGACGCCUCGACUGGAGACCAGAGACCAGACCACUCAUCAAGAGCAGUAAAUAGUUAUAAAUUUUAUUAUUUCAUAACUUUUACGACCCAUCCAUUAAAUUUAUUGGAGCCGGCGGACUAAAGUGCCGAUCCUCUCAAUCCCCUAACCUAUGUAACUAUAUAAAGUGCAAAAUAUUUAAAAAUUUUAAAUUACCCGCCACACCCACACUAACCAAAAAAGCAGCAAACAAUGUAUUUAAUUUAGGCCAAAUUUUACCCAAAAAUUUUAUGUAAUGACAGGAAUUGAGGCAGACUUUUAACUUCUUGGAUGUGAAGGUGCAUGUUAAAAUAAUCACGAUAAAUAAGUACGUAGGCUGAGGGAUGAUACCCUUGUAAUCAGGGUGGAGAGCCCUUAAUAAGGCUGCCACAUAAGUAGUCCGUACGGCUUAUGUGGACUGAAAGGCUUUUACACUCUUAAUACUGCAGGAAUAAAAUUUUGUAAAGUUGUGUUUGAGAUGUGAAAUUUUGUUUAAAGUCUAAUUCAUUUUUUUACGGUUUUGGCACAAAAUUUUUAGAGGUUUCCAAGAAAUUUAAAUUUGGCUAGAAAUUAAUUUUGGUUUUUAAAUAUACUCUUAAUAAUGUGGGAAUUAAAUUGUAAAAUUUUGAGUGCUUCAAGUUGUCAAAUUUUAUUUAAACUCUUAUUUAUUUACUUAUUUUUUUUAUACAAAAUUUGGAAGUUUCCAGGAAAUUUAAAUUUAGUUAGAAAUUAGUAUUCGUUUAAUUGUUACGAAUGAAAUUUGUCUACGUCACCUACCUUUCUAACCAUUGAAGUAAGAAAUCUGUUUAUUUGUAUUUCGUCGCCUUAGUUGUACAUUUAUUUAAUUUUGUAGCUAAAUAAAUUCUAAAUCUCGGUAACAAUUUGGCUACUAAAUAUAAGUAUUUAGUAACAGUACAGUUUCGUCGCAGUUCUUGGUAACUUUAUAAAAUGCGUAAACUUACAAACUUUUAAAAAAAUUUGCAAGUAUGUAUUUCUGAGGAAAAUUAGCCCAAAUUUUAUAAGUUUCCUCAAAUCAAUAGCGUCUUUUAUUUUGUACAAGUUUGCCAAAUAUUUUACAAAACUAUAUGCAUUUAACAAAGUUGCCAAAGAACUGCGUGAAUUGCCUCAAUUUUUUGUUACUGAAUAAAAUACUCCUCUCUAUAAAAAGCUUAAAAUAUUUUUUUCAAAACUUCUCACUUUUUUCCAAAAUUAUUAUUUUUCCCCACCCAAAUUCCCCCCAUUCCAUCCCCUACUGGAGUCUUCAAUUUUGUACAAGUUUGCCAAAUAUUUUACAAAACUUGUGCAGUUUACAAAGGUACCGAAGAACUGCGUGAAUUGUUUGAAUCUUUACUACAUAAAAUAUUCCUCUCUUUAAAAAGUUCGAUAUUUUUUUCAAAAUUUCUGAUUCCCGUCCCCCCCCCCUCCCAUUUCCCCCCUUAUUAUUAAGCGUGUAUUUCUCCCACUUCACUCAAAGGCUGUCCUUCUGUCAAAGAAACUCCCAUAAUAAUUACACGUCCGCAGCACCCUGCACUUUACUUUGCAUCCAGUCUGGACGAAACGAGCUUAAGAGAAUAUUAAGAGAAUGAUGGAUGACUCGAACAUGCAGAUGCAGGAGGCAACUCGAACCAUAAAAUAUAGCUGCAGCAUUAUUCCUGCAUGCAGCACAGCACAGGAUACAAUUUUCCACCACACAAAGAAGUAGAAGAAGAAGGAUCGCUUUUUGUGAUUUAUCUUCCUUUGGUCGCUCUCACCAAAAACGAACCAGUCUCCCCUUGCCUCUCCAACUGGAAACAAGUGUCUGCGUCGCUCUGAGCAAAGAGAAAAAGAGCAAAGUUUUACCAUUUUCUGGGAUAAAAGCUUGUUUUCCGAGGAGAAAAGUUACGAUAUGAAAAAAUUGGUGGGGUUAUCCUACUGGAAAAGUUGAGGAGGUGUUUUCUAAGGAAAUUUGGAGUGAUUUUUGGAACGUUUGGAGUGAAUUUUGAAACGAUUUUGGGCAGUUUUUUGAGGUUAAAGUGACGAUUUUGAGGGAGAAAUUGUGUAAUCCUUCUACUCCAGUCGAGUGACUAAGUUGAAAACUUGGAAAAGUUUUUGGUGUAAACGAAAAGAGAAGACUUUUCCAUCUAAAAAAUUGUUUUUAUGGAAAUUUGAGAACAAAUUGCGAGUUUUAUCAAGUUCGAAAACAAAGAAGAGUGGAUUUUUGGAUUGGAUCGUGAAAACUAACUGGAUUUCAAGAUUUUUAAGUUUUCUUCAUAAAAUUCGUUAAAAACUGAAAUUCUGUUCUGUGAAUAACUGGGUUUUCAGUUUAUUAAGUGACUUUUUCUUCGAUUAAAUAAAAGCUAAAACUUCAAACGAUCCAUUCUUUUUUGAGGAAAUAAAAGUUUUUCCAGUAAUAAAUCGAAAUUAUGGUUGUUCUGGAAAGUCACGCCCACACGAUGGGAAGUUCUGCUGGAAAUCAUCACCACCACGCCCACCAAUACCUACAACCCGACCAUCUCUCUCCAACAACGCUCGACUCCAAAAAAUCCCCGCUCGCCAUGCUGGUCCAAACCUGUUCGCAAAUCGGAUCCGACCCUCACCCCGCAUCUUCCACCACACCCCCCACCUCCAAGUCGCACUCCGCCAAGAACCAUCACCCCACAAAAUCGCCCCCCACGACCACCACCUCCACCACCCCGCCCGAAACCAACAACAACAACUCCCUCCUCCACCCCCACAACAAUACCAAAUCCGCCUACCGAAACACCACCCCGGGUCGCCAUUCCACCACAAAAACACCGCCAACCAAACAUGCCGCGACACCAUCCCCAAAACCAACCCCACCGCCCCCGCCAAGUUCAAAAUCCUCGUCACAAAAACGGCCCCACUCUUCCUCCUCAAAUAACUCCGCGGCCACCACGAUUUCCCCAAUUCCUCCGAAUUCUUCCUCCCAUAAAUCCGCCCGGCUAACGACCACCCCACCGAUCACGUCGUCAUCAAAUUCUUCUUCCUCCUCAGAACAUGAAUCCACGUCCACCUCCGUCCCGAUGCAGCACUCGCCCACACCCACGAUCCGGUCGGGCAUGGAAGUUCUGCAGGGUGGGCAUCGCUACCCGCCCGCCCUGAUACCCGGUGGUCCUGGGGGCGGGUACUAUUAUCCAUCUCCACCUCCUGGCUCCCUAGAUCCCGCCACGGCAGCCAUGUUUCUGCUAAACCCUGCCUUCCGUGACCUCCGUUUCCCGCCGUAUGGCGGAUAUCCACCCCCACCACAGCAAGCUUACGCGUCGCCCUACUACCGACCGGCACCUCCCGUCGUGACCUCGGCGUCUGGAAAGGUGCCGACCUCGCAAGAAUGUAAGGACCCCUACUGUACCGGAUGCAGUGCACAAUCUCCCCCCAUUCCCCCGCCCCUAAUCUGUCCGGCGGGUUGUGCGUCGUGCGACCAUCAGAAAAUUGUGGGCUACCAUCACCCCCAAUUUUACCCGCCGACGAGUUCCUCUUCAAAUCAACCGCACAUUUGUAAUUGGAUUGUAGCCGAUAAUUAUUGUGGGAAACGGUAUUCUACGUCGGAAGAGUUGCUCACGCAUUUGCGUUCGCAUACCAGCGCGGCGAAUGCGGCGGCCGCCGCCGCCGCGGCGGAAAGUUCGGCGAGCGCGGUGGCGCUGCAGCAACAUUUGGCGGCGACGUCGCUGUACGCGGGGGGUGGUGGGGGAGGUGGGUAUCAUCCCGCGUUGCUGCAGAUGCAGUUGGCGCAAGCGCAAGGGGCUGGAUUUCCGCCGGGCGCGGGGGGACCGUCUUCUUUCGCGAUGGCGGCGAUGCAGCAGAUGCAGCAACAGAUGAGGUCCGCUUUUCCACCGCAGUUUCAUGGGGGAAAGGGGGGAGGAGGGCAUCCGGGUAUGCUGAGUCCAUUCCCGCCAGGCGGGUAUUAUCCGGGACAGCAUGGGAGUAAUAAUCCGUACGCGGCGUUGUUUUCAGGGAGACCUGUGUAAUUUUAGGGAGGGAUUGCUCAAGGGUGGAGUUUUUGUUUUAAUUUUUAUCUUGAUUAUUAGUUCACGAAGGGAUUUGUAACUUUAUAAACAGUUGGAAAGACCUAGUUUUACAUUACAAAGGUUACAAAGUCAAUAUGUAAGACGCGAAAUUUAGGUUUCAUAACAGAAAAAAAGUAGCCAUUCUUUACUUUAGUAAUUUUUAAUUUGUUUUAUUACGACUCAAUUCACUCGGGAAUUUGUAAUUUUACAAAAUUAUAAAGAUUCACAUAUUCCUGUUUUUACAAAGGUUACAAAGUCAAGUGCGUAACGAAUUACAAUUUAAUUUACAACGCGAAAUUAAAAUUUCCCUAAAAAAGUAGCCAAUCUCUUUACUAUUAUAAUUUAUAAUUUGUUUUAUUACAACUCUCAAAAAUUUGUAAUUUUGCAAAGUUACAAAGAUUAAUUAGGUAUAUCCUUCCUUCUCUUUUUACAAAGGUUACAAACACCAACCCGCGAAAUUCAAAUUUCUUUAGAAAAAAUCCUACUUUAUUUAUUUUUAAAAAUA